AUGCUCCUCAGCCCCGCCACCCUCGCCCUGGCGCUGGGCGCACUGUACCUGGCGUUCACAAUCCUGAGCUCCAUAACAAGCAAAAUCCAUCACUACCGACAAUCCAAGGCCCUGGGAUGCGAAGAACCGGUCAAGGGAUCAACAGCCUUCUUCGGGAUCCCGGGCUUUCUGCGCCUGAGCAAAGCCGUUCGCGAAAAGAGAUGGAUCGACUACCUGGCCGAUCAGUUCGAUCUGCACGGAACAACCUUCCUGCAGCGUUUCCUGUCGCGGCGGAUCAUCGUCACCAUCGAGCCGGAGAAUAUCAAGGCCCUCCUCGCGACGCAGUUUAAGGAUUUUUGCCUCGGCACGCGACAUGAGCAGUUUGAUCCGUUGCUUGGGGAUGGCAUUUUCACGCUUGAUGGGGCGGGUUGGUCGCAUGCAAGGGGCUUGUUGAGGCCUCAGUUUGCGAGGGAUCAGGUCGCCGACCUAACAAUGCUGGACGACCACAUAACCCACCUAAUCGCCCUAAUCCCAAAAGACCGCAGUGCAUUCGACAUUCAACGCCUCUUCUUCCUCCUGACCCUUGACAGCGCAACACACUUUCUCUUCGGCGAAUCCGUCGGCUGCAUGUCCCCCGGAACAACAGGGGUGCUAGAGAAAUCCGCCGUGCGCAACGCGCAGGGUUUUGCGGAAGCAUUCACGACAGCACAGGAUUACCUCGCUGCGCGCUCGCGCGCACAGAGCCUGUAUUGGCUCGUUAAUCCCAAGGAAUUCCGCGAGGCGAAUGCGCGCGUCCAUGAGGUCGUUGAUCACUAUGUUAAUGUUGCGCUGGCACGGAAGCGAAAUCCUGAAUCUAAGUCUGAUGGACGGUAUAUCUUUCUUGAGGCGCUGGCGGCUGAGACGGAUAACCCCAAGAUGCUGCGGGAUAAUAUGUUGAAUAUCCUCCUCGCGGGCCGGGAUACGACGGCUUCUCUGUUGAGUUCGACGUUCUUUUAUCUGGCGCAGUACCCUGCUGUCUGGGAGCGCCUGCGUCGGGAAAUCGUGGAUGAGUUUGGCGAUGUGCGCAAUCCGAAAUGCGAAAUUACGCAAGCAAAGUUGAAGGAUGUUAAGUAUCUCCGCUACGUCCUCAACGAGGUUCUUCGAUUGCAACCGCCUGUGCCCGUUAACUUCCGCGUCGCAACGAAGGAUACCUCCCUCCCUGUAGGCGGGGGUCCGGAUAAGCGGUCUCCGGUAUAUAUCCAGAAAGGCCAGCUCGUCGCGUAUAAUGUCUUUGCUAUGCACCGCCGGACGGAUUACUGGGGGAAGGAUGCGAGGAUUUUUAGGCCGGAGCGCUGGGAGGAGAAUGCGAAGCAUGGGUGGGAAUAUUUGCCCUUUAAUGGGGGUCCGAGAAUUUGUCUUGGUCAACAAUAUGCCCUGACGGAGGCGAGUUAUACGGUUGUCAGGCUCAUGCAGCAUUUUGAUACGGUUGAGAACGCGGAUCCGCAUCCCCUUCAGGAGCCGAUUAAGAAUUCGAAUUUGACAAUGAUGCAUGAUCGGGGGGUGCCGGUUAAGUUGUAUUCCUCGGAUCAGGUUUGA